GGCGGAAGUGGGAGGUAGGAAGAGCUGUACAGCUGUGCUCCGUGUAGCUAGCAGAGAAGCUAACAGGCUAACCUCAGCGGUGAAAAUAUCAGGAUCCGUUGACCAAACAAGACGUCUCGACAGCUACUUUGAGACUUUGAGUUUAACAUGGGGAAAGGUGGAGGUACAUUUGAGAGGCUUCUCGAUAAAGCCACCAGUCAGCUGCUGCUGGAGACUGACUGGGAAUCCAUUCUGCAGAUCUGUGAUCUCAUUCGACAAGGAGACGCACAAGCUAAAUAUGCUAUCGGUGCCAUUAAAAAGAAGCUGAAUGAUAAAAAUCCACAUGUGGCCCUUUAUGCACUUGAGGUCCUGGAGUCAGUGGUGAAGAACUGUGGCCAGACAGUCCACGAUGAGGUGGCAAGUAAACAAACUAUGGAGGAACUGAAGGAUUUACUCAAGAAACAGACGGAACCAAACGUCAGAAACAAGAUCUUGUACCUGAUCCAGGCGUGGGCUCACGCCUUCCGCAACGAACCCAAAUAUAAGGUGGUUCAAGACACCUAUCAGAUCAUGAAAGUGGAAGGUCAUGUGUUCCCAGAGUUUAAGGAGAGUGAUGCGAUGUUUGCGGCUGAGAGAGCCCCAGACUGGGUUGAUGCUGAGGAGUGCCACCGGUGCAGAGUCCAGUUUGGAGUUAUGACAAGAAAGCACCAUUGUCGAGCCUGUGGCCAGAUUUUCUGUGGAAAGUGUUCGUCCAAGUACUCCACCAUUCCAAAGUUUGGCAUAGAGAAGGAAGUGCGUGUGUGCGAGCCGUGCUUUGAGCUGCUUAACAACCACCCCUCCCUCUCUCCUCCACUUAGGAAAGCUGAAGGAAAAGCACCCGCCCCAGGCCCUGCCGAGCUGCCUCCUGAGUACCUGACCAGCCCGCUGUCCCAACAAUCACAGGAUCUUACCAUUGCUCCGCUCUCUCACCAGAUGCCCCCCAAGAGAGAUGAGGCGGCACUGCAGGAGGAGGAGGAGCUGCAGCUGGCCAUCGCCCUUUCUCAAAGUGAAGCUGAGGAGAAAGAGCGACUGAGGCAAAAGAACUCCUACUCAGUGUAUCCCAAAGCUGAUCCCACUCCAGUGACUUCCUCAGCACCACCAGUCAGCACCCUAUACACUUCCCCUGUGAACUCCUCUGCUCCAUCAGCUGAAGAUGUAGACCCUGAGCUGGCCCGUUACCUGAACAGAACGUACUGGGAGAAGAAACAGGAAGAGGCUCGCAAGAGUCCCACCCCCUCAGCCCCUGCCCCUGCACCACUGGCUGAGCCCCUUCCGGCAAUCAGUCAGCCGAUCAGUCAGCCGAUCAGUCAGCCUGUAGAAAGCCAUGUCCCUCCUGUCCAGCCAGUCAGCAUAGUGGAGCAGCAGUACCAGAACGGAGAGUCAGAGGAGAACCAUGAGCAAUUUCUGAAGGCUCUGCAGAAUGCUGUCUCCACCUUCCUCAACCGCAUGAAGAGCAACCACUUGCGUGGGCGCAGCAUCACCAAUGACAGCGCUGUGCUCUCACUCUUCCAGUCCAUUAACAACAUGCAUCCUCAGCUGCUGGACAUCCUCAACCAGCUAGAUGAGAAGCGAUUGUACUACGAGGGACUGCAGGACAAGUUGGCUCAGGUGCGUGAUGCUCGGGCAGCCCUCAACGCCCUUCGGGACGAACACAGAGAGAAGCUGCGUCGUGCCGCAGAGGAAGCAGAGAGACAGAGGCAGAUCCAGCUGGCACAAAAACUGGAGAUCAUGAGGCAGAAGAAACAGGAGUACCUGGAGAUGCAAAGACACCUGGCCAUCCAGCGCCUCCAGGAGCAGGAGAAGGAGAGGCAGAUGCGUUUGGAGCAGCAGAAGCACACAAUCCAGAUGAGAGCCCAAAUGCCUGCUUUCUCUCUGCCCUACGCCCAGUUGCAGUCUUUGCCCCCCAAUGUGGCAGGAGGGGUGGUGUACCAGCCUGGUGCUCCACCCAGCUACCCAGGCACAUUCAGCCCUGCUGGUUCUGUGGAGGGCUCACCUAUGCACAACAUCUAUAUGAACCAGCCUGGGCAGACUGCACCACCACAGUACCAGGCUAUGCCCGGUCCUGCCACAGAUCCCAAUAUGGUUAAUGCGUACAUGUACCAGGCUGCAGGCGCCAAUGGGCAGCCUGCUCCUCCUGGUCAAGCUCCACCCAAUACUAGUCCACCCUACUCCAACUAUCAGCCCACACCCACACAGGGCUACCAGAAUGUGGUCUCUCAGGCCCAGAGUAUGCCCCCCAUGUCCCAGGCUGCCCCCACUAACGGUAUGGGUUACAUGAGCUACCAGCCAUACAACAUGCAGAACAUGAUUUCAGCAUUGCCAGGACAGGACCCCAAUAUGCCCCCACAACAGCAGUACAUGCCAGGCCAGCAGCCCAUGUACCAACAGGUGGCUCCCCCUGGUGGCCCACAGCAUCAGCAGCAGCAGCAACAGCAGCAGCAGCAGCAGCAGCAGCAGCAGCAGCAGCAGCAGCAGCAGCAGGCCCUUCAGGCUGUGCCCGGCAGUGCAGAGGCACAGCUCAUCUCCUUCGAUUGAAAUCCCACAUGCUGCAGGGUCUGACACACUACACCCUCUCUCCUCCUUUUGGUCUUUCCCCCCACUCUCUGAACUCUGAGGAUGCCCUCCAGAAACACACCCACCUCCCACCUUCCCCCUUGCUGUGAUGUUGUGGCAAUGUAAAAUAUUGUGAUGAUGUUGCAGAACUGUUGCUCUCCUUGACUCUCCCCCACUGAAGUAUGGGAAUGCGGGGUGAAGCUGCAAGAGAGGGCACCAUAACCCAGACCCUUUCACCCUUUUCCUCCCUCUUUCCAGCUGAUAUGUAUGUAGUUAUUUCCUUAUUAAAAGAAAAACUGAAGCUCAGAAAUAGUCAGUGGUAUUAAAGUUAAAAAUGAAUAAGAAAAAUCUGAUAAUAAUUGAGAAAAAAGACAAGACAUAACCAUCCUUUGUCUCAUAUUUUUCUAAAGCAAAAUUUGCAUGUUAAAUUUUUUAUUAUUUUCUGGAAUGGAAGUGAAUUAUUGCAACCUAUCCUAACAUUUUGGGGUAGUGAUUGAAAGAGAUCUGUAUGUGCUGUUUAAGAGAUUGUGGGUGUGGGGAUAAAGAGUGAUGUCAAGAGAGAGAAAGCACAGUCAAUGGCACUCACAUCUCCAUCAGGUUCACUGCUUGCCAUUCCAGCUUGUAGUUUUUGAUUCCAUCCUUUCUCAUGCACAGACAAACCAGGGUCAUCUUCUCUUGUUUUGGCAUUUAUUUGUUGUGCACUGUUCGGAAUAUUGAGCGUCUUUGUGUAGUUUCAUAAAUGACGAAACACAUUGCAGGGAUUGUAUGUUGUGGGAGGAGUGUUAGAAAAUUUAACUGGGUGGUUGUUUAAUCCUCACGUAAUAUACUUUCAUAGAUGAAAUCAUUGAAAUUACACAACUAGUGACAUAAAAUAUACAUACUAAAACAGUCUAGCAACUUUAAUAGCAUCCUGCAUCUUUUUAUUAAAAUGAUUUGUGUUGCUGUACAUAAAGUACCGUCACAAGACAAGACUGACAGAAGCAUAGGACCAUAACUAUAAUUAACUGCAAAUGGCCUCCAGGCACCCCACGUUGUGUGCAUUUAGUUGUAACUGUCACAAAUGGGCAGUCUUUUCUAAAGUGUACUUGGCUCUCCAGAAAUGUGGAAAUACUUGCAGAGUGAACAUGACGUGUCGCAUGUAUCUAUCACACACCUAAUCAGUGAUUUCUGUAACCCUUCAGUUGCCAUCUGUGAACUUCUUUUUUUCCAUCAUACUGAUCUGUCUGACUUUAAAGUAAUUUUAAAAUUAUAUUUAAUAAAUAUCUGGUUCUUAUUGUC